UGGAAUUGGCUGGGAUUAUUUAAAAAAAAAAUCAGAGGCAGCAGCCGGGAGAGCGAUCAAGUCCACUUUCUUCAAACUGCCCUGGGUCUCCUUCUCUCACUCGCUUCUCUUUAGAAUCAAGAGCCUCAAACUGAACCCAGAGCAGCGUUUUCCAUCAGUUCAGUUCCCUUCCCUCCCCCAGUCUCUCUCACAGCCAGAAAAGAGCUCCUUACCCCCACCCCUUUUUUUCUCCUUUCUUGCAUGUUUAGGUUGUUGUUGAAAAGCAUCAGAAAAUUCCCUCCCAGCAACCAUCCCCUAUCCUCCACACACACACACAGACUGCAAUGGGGGCUUUGCAGAUUGCUGGAUUUUGCAUUCUCUUCUUUCUCCUCCACUCUGGAAACACGUUGGCAAAUAAAGCCAGCCAAGAUGUUGACGAAUGCGUCGAGGGGACUGACAACUGCCACAUUGAUGCCCUCUGCCAGAACACCCCCAAAUCCUACAAGUGCAUCUGCAAGUCCGGAUACUCCGGGGACGGGAAGCAUUGCAAAGACGUCGAUGAGUGCGAGCGGGACGACAACGCUGGCUGCGUCCACGACUGUGUCAACAUCCCGGGGAAUUAUCGCUGCACCUGCUACGACGGCUUCCGCCUGGCGCACGAUGGCCACAACUGCCUAGAUCUGGAUGAGUGCUCGGAGGGGAACGGCGGCUGCCAACAGACCUGCGUCAACAUGAUGGGGAGCUACGAAUGCCACUGCCGGGACGGCUUCUUCCUGAGUGACAACCAGCACACCUGUAUCCAGCGCCCGGAAGAAGGAAUGAACUGCAUGAACAAGAACCACGGCUGUGCCCACAUCUGCCGGGAGACCCCCAAGGGGGGCAUCGCCUGCGAGUGCCGUCCGGGCUUUGAGCUCACCAAGAACCAGCGGGACUGCAAAUUGACCUGCAACUAUGGAAAUGGAGGAUGCCAACACACGUGUGACGAUACAGACCAAGGGCCCAAGUGUGGCUGCCAUGUGAAGUUUGUGCUGCACACUGAUGGGAAAACGUGCAUAGGGGAGAGGCACCUCCAGCAACACGUUACCCCCCAGACGUUUUCUAAUGAGACCUGCGCCGUGAACAAUGGGGGCUGUGACAGCAAGUGCCAUGACGCAGCCACGGGUGUGCACUGCAGCUGCCCAAUGGGCUUCAUGCUGCAGCCAGACAGGAAAACUUGCAAAGAUAUUGACGAGUGCCGGCUGAACAAUGGCGGCUGCGACCACAUCUGCAGGAACACGGUGGGCAGCUUCGAGUGCAGCUGUAAGAAAGGCUACAAGUUGCUGAUCAACGAAAGGACCUGCCAAGAUAUUGACGAGUGCUCCUUCGACAGGACCUGUGACCACGUCUGUGUCAACAUCCCGGGGAGCUUCCAGUGCCUGUGUCACAAGGGCUACACGCUGUACGGGCUCACCCACUGUGGAGACAUUGAUGAAUGCAGCAUCAACCGAGGAGGCUGCAAAUUCGGCUGCGUAAACGCCCCUGGCAGCUACGAGUGUACCUGUCCAGCCAGCUGCAAACUGCACUGGAACAAAAAGGACUGCAUAGAGCUGGUGAAAUGCCUGACGGGCCCCAUCUCUCACCGGGCCAUGCUCACCUGCAACAAGAACGGCAAGAAGGACAGUUGCUCCCUCACCUGCAUCUCCAAGGCCCGCUUCCUGCCAGAGUCCGACAGCAGCUACACGGUGAGCUGUGGGACGCCCAUCCUGCACCAGGGGGCCCAGCAGAGGCCUGGCAACAGCAGCCAUCACUGCGUGGAGACUGUCGCUGCUCCAAUCAAACAAAAGGCUUCCUUCAAGAUCAAGGACGCCAAGUGCCACCUGCACCCGCGCGUGAAGGGGAAGCAGGAUGAGUCGGGGAAGCACGCAGCGCCAGGCGGGGCAGCCCCCUGCUCAGAUUGCCAGGUGACCUUCGUGAACCUCAAGUGCGACUCAUCAAAGAAGGGCAAAGGCCGGCGGGCCCGCAACUCCCCCAACAAGGAGGUGACACGCAUCACCCUGGAGUUUGAGGCAGAAAUCAAACCGGAAGAGGUCACAGCCAGCUGCAAUAUUAACUGCCUGCGGCAGAGGGUGGAGAAGAAGCUGAAGUCUGCAAUCAAGGCCCUGAAGAAGUCCAUAAACCAGGAGCGAUUCCUGAUCCGCUUCGCGGGCAUGGAUUACGAGGUGGCGCGGAAGCUGAGCAUGUCCCCGGAGAGGCAGGAGAGCUGCGGGCCGGGGCAGCAAAGGCUAGGAUCCAAGUGUGUUAGCUGCCUGCAGGGAAUGUAUUACCACGGUCAGAUGGAGCAGUGUGUCCCUUGCCCCCCAGGGACCUACCAGGAGAAAGAAGGCCAGCUCUCUUGUGACCUUUGCCCUGGAAGCGAUGCGUAUGGCCCGGCCAGAGCAACAAACAUAACCACCUGUGCAGGUCAGUGUCCCCCCGGCCAUCACUCAGUGGACGGCUUCAUACCCUGCCAGCCGUGUCCCCGGGGCACCUACCAGCCUGAAGCUGGGCGAGCUCUGUGCUUCCCUUGCGGUGGGGGGCUGACCACCAAACACGAGGGAGCCUUCUCCUUCCAGGACUGCGAUACCAAAGUUCAGUGCUCCCCGGGUCAUUACUACAAUACCAGCGUCCACCGCUGCAUCCGCUGUGCCGUGGGCACCUACCAGCCAGACUUCCGCCAGAAUUACUGCAUCACCUGUCCCGGCAACACCACCACGGAUUUCGACGGCUCCACGUCCGUGUCCCAGUGUAAAAACCGCCAGUGCGGAGGGGAGCUGGGUGAAUACACUGGCUACAUCGAGUCUCCCAACUACCCCGGCAACUAUCCCGCCAACAUCGAGUGCACCUGGAACAUCAACCCUCCCCCAAAACGCAAGAUCCUCAUCGUGGUCCCGGAGAUCUUCCUACCAUCCGAGGACGAGUGCGGGGAUGUCUUGGUCAUGCGGAAAAACUCCUCCCCCUCCUCCAUCACAACCUAUGAGACGUGCCAGACGUACGAGAGGCCCAUAGCCUUCACCGCCAGGUCCCGCAAGCUGUGGAUCAACUUCAAAACCAGCGAGGCCAACAGCGCCAGGGGCUUCCAGAUCCCCUACGUCACCUACGACGAGGAUUAUGAACAGUUGGUGGAGGAUAUUGUCCGGGAUGGCAGGCUGUACGCCUCUGAAAACCAUCAGGAAAUAUUAAAGGACAAGAAGCUGAUGAAGGCUUUCUUCGACGUGCUGGCUCAUCCACAGAACUACUUCAAGUACACAGAGAAACACAAGGAGAUGUUACCGCGCUCGUUCAUCAAACUCCUCCGCUCCAAAGUCUCCAGCUUCCUCAGGCCUUACAAAUAGCCCCCAGGCAUUUCCACCCGCCCCGUGGGCCGCCCUCCAGCCAAGGAAACUUUCUUUUGCUCUUAUUUGAUGGUUUUUGGGUUUUUUUUCCUAAACAGCUUUUUAAACAAACAGAAUCCCCAUCUCUCACUAUGCAGACGACUCUAAACAAUUUCUCCUUGGCUUUCUUCAAACUCAUCUCAGCGCUGACUUUGUCUCCAGCACGGGCGGUCUGUAAUCUCAAGGCAUCCCAUGCUCUGUUUUACUACGGAGGUGCAGCCCAUAACGAUUACCAGUCCCAGAUGGGGAUGCUCCUUCUCAGCCCAAGUGGCCUCUACAUGCCGAGGCAGCUGCGACCUGCUCUGUUUUAUGCAACUUAAGUGUAGCCACUCUGGUUGCCUUUGUGGCCCGUUGGAUAGCCCUUGAUUACUACACAUCUGCGUACAAAUCUGUCUCUGUUCCUAGGUGCCAUAAACACACCUACAGAGCCUGUACUCCUGGGAUAUAGUUUGGUAUUUUUGUUUCUGCUGUGGGGCUUUCUCCAGCUGCCAAAGCAAAGGAAAGUUGCUGCAGCCAGAAGGGGCUGUUUCUCAAAGAACUGAGCGCAAAGGAAGCCCUGAAUGUGGAAGGUAAUGCCUUAUUUAUCGCAGUGUUGUGGUUUAAAAAUAUAUAUAUAUCAACACAGCUUUGCAGGGGGGAUCGGGAAAAAAAUAUACUUUUUUGUUAAAAAAGAAUACUUAAAAAAAAAAAAAAAAAGACAACGCUGAAAAGCAUCACAGCAAAUGGCAGUUCCAGUGGGCGGAAGGGAGAUCUGCAUCUCUUCAGGGAGCUGGGUUGGUCUCUCUGCACUUGAAGACAGCAUGGCCAAGCCGCGUUCUUGUAGAACAAUGGAUGAAUGGGAGAAAAAAGGUAAUGAACGAGAAGCCUUUCAGAUGGAUUCAUUUUUUUUCCCCCAUGGACACUUGUGCCAAGAGACCAGACUCUCUUACAAGCUCUGCCAAAGAGUAACUCGUCGACAGAAAAGCAAGCGAUGUGAAGAGCAGGAGUAAAUGUUUGUGCACUAGGAUAUCGUCCUUUCUACCUUUUUCAUAUGUAUUAAGUGCAAUCAUUUGAGUCUUCUUUGUAUUAUUUAGAGGGAAGUUUUUUCUACUAGAAACUACAAUAUUUAUACCUGCCUGAGAAAUGAGAAUGUGUGUUUGUAACAAACAAAAACAAACCAAGGCUUCAAUUAACAGUGACCCAAACGUGAUGACGUUUUCAGACUUUGGAAUCUUUUCUUCUGAUAUUGGUCCCUAAUAAGGCAAAUCCACUUGAUGUUCCUUUUAUCAUUGACACUUUUAUUCCGUCCUCCCCCUUAAAUCAGUUGAAUCUUUCCCUGAUGACUGGAAAGCACAACAUCUUUUCCCAUCCACAGGUGUCUCCAGUGUGGUCACUUUGUGCUAGGUCUCCGCUAUUGGAUGCAGAGUUACCAGUUUACGCUUGGUUGCCGGUUACACUCCUUUGUUCUGCAGCAUGAAUUUCUAGAACCCAGAAUGCUAAAGAUUCUCAAACUUCUGUCAUUCGGGCUAACAGAUUCUCUCCGUUAGCUGCAGUAAUAUGGAGACUUAUCUUGUUGUCAGUAGGUCUCCAGGCAUGAACAGCGUGAUUCUCCUCUCGUUCACCACAGUGUAAAUCAGGAGUAACUCCACUGAAGUUAAUGGAGUUACAUCAUCAUAAAAACAGCAUGAGGGGAAGCAUGAGGCUCCAGCCAGGCUUCCCUUCACACUCAUCUCCUGUGUCUCAGUGAACUUCAGUUUGGUUUGUAAGCAGCCCCUGGGGCUGAUCUCACCAGCUUUAGCUGUAGUCUGCUUUAUACGAGU